AAUAUAAAGCAGUCAGGUCUAUUAGGCUUUAGGAAACAGAUUAAUUUAUUAUUGUAUUUAAUUUUAAUACUUAUUUCCUGUGCAUGGACCGGAUUUUUUAAGACUCCAUUCUGUGAUCGCUCGUGGGGCGAUUCGUUGUGCGCAGUUUUGCACGUGGAGCCCUCGAGCAGCCAAGACAUGGUUCCAGACGCUACCACAGCAGAUGGACAUCCAGAAAAAGAUGAGUGCUUUGAAGAUAAUGAAAUCAAAUCGAAUUCCUUGCCGAAACUGGAAGUACUAUACUUCAACGUUAUGACAUUCACGUUCUUACAUCUAUCUGCGCUUUAUGGGCUGUAUUUGGGAUUUACAUCAGUUAAAUGGGCAACUAUAGGACUUGGAAUUAUAUUUUAUUUUUUUGCUGAGAUUGGAGUCACUGCUGGUGCCCAUAGACUAUGGAGCCACAGAAGCUACAAAGCGAAACUCCCCCUGGAAAUACUUCUCAUGGUGUUUAACAGCAUGGCAUUUCAAAAUACUGCGCUCUCGUGGGCCAGAGACCAUCGUGUGCACCAUAAAUGUCCUGACACCAAUGGUGAUCCUCACAAUGCGAAUCGAGGAUUCUUCUAUUCGCACGUAGGAUGGCUAAUGACCAAGAAAUCUGAUGAAGUCAUCAAACAGGGAAAAUUGUGUGAUGUGGCUGAUUUAUACAGUAACCCUGUGUUACGUUUCCAGAAAAAAUACGCAGUGCCGUUUAUUGGAACGCUUUGUUUCGUUCUACCGACUCUUAUCCCGAUGUACCUCUGGGGCGAAACUUUAAACAAUGCCUGGCAUUUUAACAUGUUUCGUUACGUCGUUAACCUAAACGCAACGUUCUGCGUCAACAGCGUCGUCCAUAAGUGGGGCUAUAAGCCGUACGACAAAAAUAUUUGUCCGACACAAAACGUUCUUCUGAAUCUUGCUGUGCUUGGCGAAGCGUUCCACAACUACCACCAUGUGUUCCCAUGGGACUACAGGGCGGCGGAAUUUGGCAACCAAAAAAUGAACCCCACGACUCUGUUCAUAGACUUCUUCGCUUGGACUGGAUGGGCUUAUGAUCUCAAGACAGCGUCUAAAGAAAUGAUCAAGAGUAGGUCGGAGAGAACUGGCGACGGCACGGACUUAUGGGGUCACAGUGCCGAUAAACUAAAAUAAAAGCAAUUUUAUUAUUUAGGUGCAACUAAAUAGAUAAAAUUCAAUCAGUGAGAUUUUUCUAGACUUUUUCGAUUGCCUUUUUUGU